AUGUUUGAUUGGUUAGAAUAUUCUGAGGACAAAGAUGCUGCUUAUUGUUUACCUUGCUUUCUUUUUGCUAAAAAGCCAACGGGGCGGUUUGGAGGUAGUGCAUUUACUAUUGAAGGAUUUCGCAAUUGGAAGAAAGUUAACGAUGGUACGCAUUGUUCUUUUUUGGUCCACAUGGGAAAUGGGCCAUGUUCACCUCAUAAUAAUGCUGUUAAGUGUUGUGACAAUUUGAAGAAUCAAUCUCAACAUAUUGAUAGGGUGAUAGAUAAGCAAACUUUGGAAGAAAAAUUGAACAAUCGAUUGCGAUUAAAGACUUCAAUCGAAUAUAUUCGUUAUUUAGCAUAUCAAGGAUGUCCUUAUAGAGGUCAUGACGAAGGUCCCGAUUCUAAAAAUAGAGGCAAUUUUCUUGAGUUGAUAAAACUUAUGUCCAGUUUCAACGACGAUAUUGCUAAGGUUGUUUUAGAAAAUGCUCCACAAAAUGAAAAAUAUACUUCACCUCAAGUCCAAAAAGAUAUUUUACAUGUCUUGGCAAAAAGAGUGCGAGAUGCAAUUCGUGAAGAAAUUGAACGCUUCUUUGAUAUUGUCCAAGUUAAAGAUGCAUCGGCAUUGACUUUAAAGGAUAAAAUAUCUGAUGUUCUUUCUCAAAAUUGUCUUGAUAUUCAAAGUAUUCGUGGACAAGGGUAUGAUGGUGCUAGCAAUAUGCGUGGUGAAUGGAAAGGAUUGCAAGCAUUAUUUCUUAAUGAAUGUUCUUGUGCAUAUUAUGUUCAUUGUUUUGCACAUCGAUUACAAUUAGCAUUAGUUGCUGCAUCUCGAGAGGUAACUGUUGUUCAUGAUUUCUUCUCAAAUUUGAAUUUCAUUAUCAAUGUGGUUAGUGCUUCAUGUAAACGUCAUCGUAAUCUGCAAGAUGCUCCAGAAGCAGAUAUCGCAUAUUUGAUAGCCAUUGAGGAACUUGAAACUGGAAAAGGAGCUAACCAAAUUGGCACUUUGAAAAAAGCUGGUGAUUCUCGUUGGGGUUCUCAUUUUUAUUCUAUUUGUAGCUUACUAAGGCUGUUUAAUCCUGCUUGUUCAGUACUUGAAAAAAUUAUAAAAGAAGGAUCCACUUACUCUCAACGUGGGGAUGCUGAAGCUGCUUAUGAAAUGAUUACAUCAUUUAGAUUCAUAUUCAUUUUACAUUUGAUGAGGGAAAUAAUGGGUACCACUGAUUGUCUUUCUCAACAUUUGCAACAAAAAUCUCAAGACAUCUUGAAUGCUAUGCAAUUAGUUUCUAAUACAAGUACUCCUCCAAAAAUUGAGAAAUGA